AUGAGUGAUCAAAGACCUUACUUAUUAAGUUAAAAUAAAAGUGUACAUCAUUUCUAAAACACUUUCUUCAAAUAAGAACCAUCUCCUAGCAAAUCACAUCGUAAAUAACUAGAAUAGCAUGGAUCACCAAAUCAUUUAUCUACUUCUCUUUCCUUUUCAAAAUAACUUGCAAAUAAACCAAAAUAAGCAUAAUAAGACACUUCUUAUGUCUAUUAUCUUAUACAAUAAAUCAAAUAGAUGGAAUAAACAAUAGAAGAAUUAAAAUAAGAGAAUCAGUUAUUAAAAUCUCAAUAGAAAAUUGGAUUUCUAGUAUAAUUUAUUAUUAUAAAAAAUAGGAUUUACAAUUUUAACAUAAAUAAAUGAAUAAAUAUCAUAAUAUAUUGAAGUCUGUACAAUAAGUUAAAUUGGAUAAUAUAAAAUUAAGAAAAAGUAUAGAAUAAAUGAAUUUGAUGAUGAAAAUCCAUUUGGCACCUGUGAAUGAAAUGUUUUAAUAAUUGAAUCAUCCAGAGAGUACUACUAUUGCUAUUGCUCAUAAAGAUUCAAUAAAUCAUUAAUAGAAUGAUUCAAUAAAUGACUCAACAUUAAAUAUUAAAAUACAUGCUAAUAUAAAUAAAUAUUAAAAAUGUAAAACUGAGACUUAACUCAAGGAUUAAAAAUGA